GGCACGCUCGGGUGAGUGAGUCUCCGUUUUUCUGGUUCUUACCAGCGGUCGCGCUCAUCAAAUCCCUCCUCCACACCCAGGUUUCGGGGUCACCUGAUGUUGAUGGAGGGGCUGGAUUGAUGUGGAACUUUGUUCCAGCAGAGCCCAUCCGUUCAUGAUGCAGAGACUGCUCAGACCUCAUCUCCACAGUAUAACCUUACCUGAGAAAGAAGACCAGAAGAGGGAAAAAAGGAGGAAUGGCUCUUUUCCAGGGGCGGUUGACAUUCAGGGAUGUGGCCAUAGAAUUCUCUCAGGAGGAGUGGGAGUGCCUGGACCCCGCUCAGAGGGCCUUGUACAGGGACGUGAUGUUGGAGAACUACAGGAACCUGGUCUCCCUGGGUGAGGAUAACUUCUCUCCAGAAGUUGGAAUCCCUUCUGAUGGAUUUGCAAUCAAGGAAUUAUCACCAACAGAGGACAUUAAUAAAGGCGAGUUUUACCACUUAGUGAUAUUGGAGAGAAAUGAAAGUUAUGGAAUCAAGGAUUUUGAUCUCCAGGAAUCCUGCGAAAAUAUGCAUGAGUUUGAGAGUCAGUGGGGAUAUGAUGCAAGAAAUUACAAAGAAGUACCUUUGUCCCAUAACAAAAAUCUCACUUGUAGAAAAGACCAGCAACUUAAUCAGACCUCAGUUACUCUUCCUGAAAAGCAGAGUGUUUCUGUAAGAAAUAAUACGUACCAGUAUUUCAUGGAUGAUGAGCCAUUUAUGAGGAAUUUGCUAAAAAUGGACAAUAACAGAAGUGGUGCUGGAAACCAGUACAUAAACUGCAUGGAAAAUAGAAUUGGAUUAAGUUUGCAGGCACAUCUGGCUGAACUGCAGAGAUUUCACAAUGAGGAGAAAAUGUGUGACUGUAAUCUGACUGAGAAGUCUGUCAACAGUGGUUCCUCAGUCUCACCACUUCAAAGAAUUCCUCCCAGUACCAAAAACAUUUGGAACAAAUACAGGAAGGUUUUUAAGUAUCCUUUGUUACCUGCACAAUACAGGAGAGCAUACACUAGAGGAAUUUCUUACAAAUGUAAUGACUGUGGGAAGGCUUUUAGCAAAAGUGCAAACCUCAUGAGUCAUGAGAGAAUUCAUUCUGGACAGAGACCUUACAAAUGUAAUGACUGUGGCAAAGCUUUUACGGACCGUUCAAAUCUUAUUCAUCAUAGAAAAAUCCAUACUGGAGAGAAACCUCACAAAUGUAACGAGUGUGGCAAAGCAUUUACCCAAUUUGGAAACCUUGCUAGGCAUCAGAAAACACACACUGGAGAGAAACCACACAAAUGUAAUGUGUGUGACAAAGCUUUUACUCGAAGUUCAAGCCUUAUGGCACAUCAGAGAAUUCAUACAGGAGAAAAACCUUAUAAAUGUAAUAAAUGUGAUAAGGCUUUUAUCAAACAUUCACACCUUUGGGGUCAUGAGAGAACUCAUACUGGGGAGAAACCUUACAAAUGUAGUGAGUGUGGCAAAGCCUUUGCUGAGCGUUCACAUCUUACUCAACAUAGAAAAAUCCAUACUGGAGAGAAACCUUACAAAUGUAAGGAGUGUGGCAAAGCAUUUACCCAAUUUGCAAAUCUUACUAGGCAUCAGAAAAUACACACUGGGGAGAAACCAUACAAAUGUAAUGUGUGUGACAAGGCUUUUACUGAAAGUACAAGCCUUAUGAGACAUCAGAGAAUUCAUACAGGAGAAAAGCCUUAUAAAUGUAAUAAAUGUGAUAAGACUUUUAGUAAACGUUCAGACCUUUGGGGUCAUGAGAGGACUCAUAGUGGAGAGAAACAAAUGUAACGAGUGUGGCAAAGCCUGUACGAGCAUCUUGCUCAGCAUAAGAAAAUCCAUACUGGAGAGAAACCUUAUGAAUGUAAUGAGUGUGGCAAAGCUUUUACGAGGCAUCAGAAAAUACAUGUGAAAAGAAAGAGUAUAAACUA